AAGGACAGUUUAGUUAUGAAAGAAAAACGGCAGGGAAAGAUGUUGUUCUGAUAAAUAUACACGAUACGACGACGAAGGUUGGCCUCUUCUCUGUGUAUAUGUUAAAUUUGACCUGCUCUCCGCGGUUGCUGCUUCUUGAACGAUUAGAAGCCAUCAGUAAACUGCGCAAAGGCAAAUCUUGGAAGAUAGAGCUUCCAGCGAACUGUUCCGGGGCAUUACGUCAAAACUAUGUUGGAUCGUGUCGACUGGAUGUCUUCAAUCUUUGUCACACCCAAAUAACACGUGUUGCGAACGCUACUUUUCAACUUUACGACGGUGAGACGGAUGAGUGUGAAUACCUUAAGGAGAGACUUGGUGACCUGUCCCACCAUCCAUUAGCAGCAGCUUUUGGUUUGAACUACGUUGAAACUGGUUAUUUAACCGUUGUUGUGCUAACUCAAGUGUUGCUGGUCUUUUUAACCGCUAUUGUUAUACACGUACGAAAACGACAGCUUGCUGGUAAAAAACAUAAAUAAAUACGAACGUUACAUGUAGAAAAUAGCCAAAGUUUGCAGCAGGCUUGGGAUUAAAACAAAAAUUCCAGUUACUCUUUUGACCUCAUUUUAGAGGUAGUCGUUUUGUAAUAUGUAUUUUUUGACGCACAGUGUAAUAUUAGUGGUUCAUUUUUAAAAUUUACCUUAUAAAUUGAAGAUCCAGUUAAAGAGAAGGUUAAUGUUGGAUAACGCGAUAUAAAUGGGGCACAAAGCCAUAAACGUCACGACUUCAUUAGGG